UCUGUUCUACCCACUCUGGUCUCUCCCCCUCUACCUGCCUGCCUUGCCAACCGAGUAGUUCGGUUUGAUCUUUCCAGGCUUGUUUCAUUCCGAAGAGAAAAGUUACCACCAGGUGAACAGAAUGUCCUCCUACAAGACCAGCUCUUACAGCGUGAGGUCCUCCUCUGCACCCAGGAACUUCAGCAGUUUAUCCUACACUGGACCAGGCAGUAUGUCCCGCAGAAGUUACAGUGUCAAGAGCGCCUACGGAGGAGGCAACAGAGGGUUCGGAGGUGCAGGAGCUGGAAUCACCAGCUCCUCUGCCUACAGUUUGAGCUCCGGCAUGGGCGGCGGUGCAGGUAUGGGAAUGGGAAUGGGAAUGGGAUUAGGAAUGGGCUCUAGCAUGGGGGGAGGCUACGGUGGUGGCAUGGGCGCCCAGGCACCCAUCACUGCUGUGACUGUGAACAAGAGCCUGCUGGCCCCCCUGAACCUGGCCAUUGACCCCGCCAUCCAAGUGGUUCGCACCCAGGAGAAGGAGCAGAUGAAGAGCCUCAACAACCGCUUCGCCUCCUUCAUUGAUAAGGUGCGCUUCCUGGAGCAGCAGAACAAAAUGCUGGAGACCAAGUGGAACCUGCUGCAGGGACAGACCACCACGCGCUCCAACAUCGACGCCAUGUUUGAGGCCUACAUCUCCAACCUGCGCCGACAGCUGGACAGUCUGGGCAACGACAAGAUGAAGCUGGAGUCUGAUCUGCACAACAUGCAGGGCCUGGUGGAGGACUUCAAGAACAAGUAUGAAGAUGAAAUCAACAAGCGCACAGAAUGUGAGAAUGACUUUGUCCUCAUCAAGAAGGAUGUUGAUGAGGCCUACAUGAAUAAGGUUGAACUGGAGGCCAAGCUGGAGAGUCUGACAGACGAGAUCAACUUCCUCAGGUCAAUCUACGAGGAGGAACUGCGUGAGCUCCAGAGCCAAAUCAAGGACACAUCAGUUAUUGUGGAGAUGGACAACAGCCGUAACCUGGACAUGGACUCUAUUGUGGCUGAAGUUAAGGCACAGUAUGAGGACAUCGCCAACCGUAGUCGCGCUGAAGCAGAGACAUGGUACAGGACCAAGUUUGAGGAGAUACAGACAUCUGCUAGCAGAUACGGAGACGACCUGAGAUCCACCAAGACAGAGAUCGCCGACCUGAACCGCAUGAUCCAGAGGCUGACAGCAGAGAUUGAUUCCGUCAAGGGACAGCGUGCAAACCUGGAGUCUCAAAUUGCCGAGGCUGAAGAACGCGGCGAAAUGGCAGUGAAGGACGCCAAAGCCCGCAUCAAGGACCUGGAAGACGCUCUGCAGAGGGCAAAACAAGACAUGGCCCGUCAGAUCAGAGAGUACCAGGACCUGAUGAAUGUCAAGCUGGCUCUGGACAUUGAAAUCGCCACCUACAGGAAACUGCUGGAGGGCGAGGAAGACAGACUGGCAACUGGCAUCAAGUCCAUCAACAUCUCCCAACAGAGCACAAGCUACGGUGGUGGAUACCCCAUGGACAAGAGCAGCUACUCUGGCAACUACUCUAGCGGCUACAGCAGUGGCUACGGCGGUGGCUAUGGGAGCGGCUUCAGCAGCAGCGGCGGCGGUUACAGCAGUGGCGGAUACAGCAGCAGCGCGGGCGGUUUCAGCGGCGGCAGCUCCGGUGGCUACAGCACCACCCAGUCCAAGAAGAACGUCGUCAUCAAAAUGAUCGAGACCAGGGACGGCAGAGUGGUGUCCGAGUCCUCCGAAGUCAUCGAGGAUUGAGCUGUCUAGUUUGUAGAAGUGUUAGCUGCCCGUCUGCUUUGAACCUCUCCUCUCCUCUGGUAGUUUUGUACUCACAAUUCACCCCCAAACUGUCUGUAACACCAACCAAUUUUGAAGUAAAAUGCUUGUACCAGCCUCCCUCGGACAAAGUCUUAACCUGUUUUUUUUUCCACAAACACUACCAAAGAUCUUAAAGGGACCAAAGAAUUGAUCACCUGAUAGCCUGAAGUCUUGCUGUUUUCGCUCAAUCAGUUUUAUGAUAGAAUGACACAAAAAAAAAUUAAAAAAAAAUUGCAUUAGUAGAAAGAACGAAACGCUUCCUCGACCCCAGGCAACAGCUGUUGCCAUAAAGGGUUGUUGUCUCUCCAACUGUGGACUGUGGUGUUGUCAGCGGAAUGUGAAUGUACUAAAGCAGUGCUCCACUGAUGUUAAGGUUAAACUCCUGUCUUAAAUCACCUGCCACAGUAGGUAGUGCAUGUCUUUCCUGUGCGUGUCGUGUAACUGAACUGAUCCAAGCCUUAGGAGGCUGCCCACUCUUCAACUCUUGUCCCAAGGUGCUGUUUUUUGCUACCAAACCAAAUAAAAUGUGUUUACUGAAAGAAAA